UUAACACUCCAUAGGGCCGGAGCCCGACGUCUGGCGGUGACGUCGCCGGCAGGGCGGGGCCAACAUUCCAGCCGCCGUGUACUUUUGUCUCUACGUGGAGGAGGCAGGACCGCGAGCUGGACGCUGUCUGGAAUUUCAGGCGCACCGACAUCUCACCUUUUCUCCGACUGACCAGCUCAGGUCAAUCACGGAAAAAUGUCUGGAAAGAUAACGAAAGAGGAGAUGGAGGAGAUGAGGGAGGUCUUUAGGAAGAUUGAUCUGAACAACGAUGGACAUAUCCGUGAUUAUGAACUCAAUGCGCUCCUUAAAGACGCCGGCCAUACCCUACCUGGAUACAUGGUUCGAGAGAUCAUCCAGAAACUCGACCGCAACAUGGACAACCAGAUCAGCUUCGAAGAGUUUUUGUCGAUUGUCCAGGACCUGAGGGGCAGUGAAGUAGCAAAAACUUUCCGCAAAGUCAUCAACAGAAAAGAAGGCAUCCUGGCUGUCGGAGGGAUGUCUGAGCUUUCAAGCGAGGGCACACAGCACUCGUUCUCUGAGGAGGAGCGAUACGCCUUUGUGAACUGGAUCAACACGGCUCUGGAAAAAGACCCCGACUGCCAACAUGUCCUGCCCAUGGAUCCCAACACUGACUCUCUCUUCACGUCUGUCGGAGACGGUAUAGUCCUCUGCAAAAUGGUGAACCUGUCAGUGCCAGAUACUAUUGAUGAGAGGACCAUAAAUAAGAAGAAGCUGACACCGUUCACAAUACAGGAGAAUCUGAACCUGGCCUUGAACUCGGCUUCUGCUAUCGGCUGUCAUGUGGUGAACAUCGGCGCUUUGGACCUUAAAGAGGGGAAGCCUCAUCUGGUUCUGGGCCUGUUGUGGCAGAUCAUUAAGAUCGGUUUGUUUGCCGACAUCGAGCUCAGCAGAAACGAAGCACUGGCAGCAUUGCUGAGAGACGGGGAAACCCUGGAGGACCUGAUGAAGCUGUCUCCAGAAGAACUGCUGUUGCGCUGGGCAAACUUUCACCUGGAAAAUGCUGGCUGGCAGAAGAUCAACAACUUCAGCUCUGACAUCAAGGACUCGAGGGCCUACUUCCACCUCCUGAAUCAAAUCUCUCCAAAAGGCACUGAGGAAGAUCAGCCACGCAUAGACAUCAACAUGGCCGGCUUCAGCGAGAAAGACGACAUGAAGAGGGCAGAGGCCAUGCUGCAGCAGGCUGACAAACUCGGCUGUCGACAGUUUGUCACCCCAGCUGACGUCGUCAGUGGAAAUCCCAAACUCAACCUUGCCUUCGUGGCCAAUUUGUUCAACAAAUAUCCAGCGCUGACCAAACCAGAGGGUGAAGACAUCGACUGGGGACUGUUGGAAGGUGAAACACGAGAAGAGAGGACUUUCCGAAACUGGAUGAACUCUCUGGGAGUGAAUCCACACGUCAAUCAUCUGUACGGAGACCUACAGGAUGCCAUGGUCAUCCUUCAGCUGUAUGAGAGGAUUAAAGUGCCUGUUGACUGGAACAACAAGGUCAACAAGCCGCCUUACCCCAAGCUGGGAACCAACAUGAAAAAGUUAGAGAAUUGUAACUACGCAGUUGAACUGGGCAAAACAGCCAAGUUCUCCCUCGUUGGCAUCGGCGGGCAGGACCUGAACGAUGGCAACGCUACCCUGACUCUGGCACUGGUGUGGCAGCUGAUGAGAAGAUACACGUUGAAUGUACUCGAGGAACUCGGUGACGGACAGAAAGUGAAUGAUGACAUCAUUGUAAAGUGGGUGAACCAAACGUUGGCGGAGGCUGGAAAAUCGACCAAGAUUUCAAGCUUUAAGGACAAGGAGAUCAGCAGCAGUUUGGCGGUAUUGGAACUGAUAGACGCCAUCCAGCCCGGCAGCAUCAACUACGAGCUGAUAAAGACCGGCAGCCUCUCUGAAGACGACAAGCUGGAGAACGCCAAGUAUGCCGUCUCUAUGGCGAGGAAGAUCGGAGCCCGCGUCUACGCUCUCCCAGAAGACCUCGUGGAGGUCAAGCCCAAAAUGGUGAUGACAGUCUUUGCCUGCUUGAUGGGUCGGGGGAUGAAGCGAGUCUAAGAGACACUGGCUGGGAUCAUUGUGACACUUAACUAAACUUGUACCCGCAAGCCAUUAGUGUUUCCAAAAGAGCUCCCACAACUGAAGGAAUGAAGAUUUUUUUUUUGUUUUUUCGAAUGAGAAUAACGUGACGAAAUGAAGUUACAGAAUCAUAAAUUUGCAUGUAUCCCUGCCUAUUUCGAGGUGUUUACUGAAGAAGUCCUCUUAUGUAGUCGACCAUACUAAAAAAGAAAAUUUAAGAGAUGGGUCUCGCGGCGUGACACAGGACAACUUGUUACUUUCUAUAUGCAGACGUCUUGAUUAAUGUAUAAGAAUGCUGUUUGGUUUUUUUUUUUAAAGAAAGCGAGUAUGCAUAUUUCCAGCUGCAAGGUUGUUUACAUAUUUUUAUUCAGACUGAUAAGUAAAUUAUAUCCUUGACUAAGCAAGACACAUUCCUGAAUACCAUACUUAUGAAAAAAUGCUUGACAAGGCGGGAAGAGGGGGGAAAAAAGAAAAAGAGAGAGAGUCAGAGGCGAGAUGUUUCGGUGGAGCACAUGUCGAAAGACACCCAAACAUUCCCUCUCAUGAAAUGAAGCAUGUCUUAAUAACUGGCACCAUAAACUUCUACAUAUCUGCAUACAGAAGCCAUACGGUCACAUUAUAUUAAUGACCAGUCUGAUGUGCUGUCUGUUUUUCUUGUACUCGUCAUUUGUUUGUUUUUUGGGAUUAUUCUCCGUGAGGUAAAAAUGCUGUUUUUUUUCGGGGGUGUUUAGUCUUUGUUGUAUCUGGCUUCAGUUUCUUUUCUUUUUUUUUUGUCUGUUACGUUGGAUAAGGAGCAGGCUGACUGGACUCUCCUGACUUCUGCUGUGCCUUCCUCUUUGUCUCAAAGACGACUUGUACUCGUUUUUUUUUUUUUUUUUUUUUUUUUUUUUUUUUUUUUUUUUUCUU